UGCGUGAAAUCCUGGUGCCUUAGGGCAGAGCUACCCCCUCUCUAUGCCCUUGAGCUACUGACCAUCUACGCCUGGGAAGUGGGUACUCAGGAGGAGGCAUGUUUCAGGUUGGACAGCGGCCUGGCCACCGUGAUGAGACUGCUUCAGCAGUAUCAGUUACUCUGCAUCUACUGGACCGACUACUACACGUUCCAGAACCCGAUCAUUGAGGACUUUGUCAGAAAACAGCUCAAAAAAGAGAGGCCUAUCAUCCUGGAUCCAGCUGACCCCACCCACAAUGUGGCAAAAGGCUACAGAUGGGACAUAGUCGCUCAGAGGGCCUGCCAGUGCCUGAAACAGGACUGUUGCUAUGACAACUACGAGAACCCAGUCCCCAAAUGGAACGUGAAG